CACUUUACAUCAUGUGACCAAAUGCAACCCUGAUGUCACUGUAGAGUAGAAAAAAAUAUCCGUACAUUGUCGUCUCCCGUUUGUCGAUUGUCAUAUGAUCACGAACAAAAAUGCUGCGAAAUUUACUAAUUUUAUCUUUGUGCAUUGUGGCAAUUAAGGCUUCGGGUGAAUUCACCGUUUUGAGCACACCCAAGUCCUUGUCUUUCAAGGGCAACGAGCCAUUACAAAGUCAAUAUGUUGGCGAUGUUGUUUAUGCCUCAUUGGGUAAUGCCGUAGCUGGAGACGCCCAAUGGUCCGGUCUGACCAUUGCUGAUCCCUUCAAUUUGCCCAAGGUUGUUGUUGCUGCCACCUUGACUGGUGUUGCUCAUACCAAAGUUUCGGGAGCCGGCAAGAGUUACGAAAUCCAAGGCAACUCUGUUAAGGAAGCUUUGAAUGGUGUCUCUGCCCAAUUGGAAGCUGACAACGAAGCUGUAUGUGAUCUUGACUUUGACGAUUUGGAAGAGGGUGUAGCCAAUUUCAAGAGUCUAUUCGGUGAUGUCGAAGUUGCAGCUGUUGAAAAUACCAAAUAUUUGAAUAGUGAAUUGCACUCUGCUGAUAAGCAAUUUGUCCAAGCUAUUGCUUACAUUAAUGCUGCCGCUGAUAAUUUGGCCAAGUUGCAAAAGAGUUGCAACUUUGUAUCGAUUCGUUUGUCUGCCGAUUCUGUUGCUAAAGCUCAUGGUGAAAAGUCAGAAGCAAUCAACGAAGCCUUGGAUCUCUUCACAUCGGCUGUUAAGAACUUGAAUACUGCUGCCCAAAAGGUCAACAACAAUGGUGCUUUGGUUUUGUCCAUUGUCAACAAAUCGGAGAAUAGCCGUGCUAAACGUGAUGUUCCUCAACCUGAUGUGGACUACAAUUUGGCUGAAUACUACAAUGAAGAUUAUCCAGUCAUUUUCAACAUCAUCUUAUGGUUCAUGGUUACAUUCGGUUUUGCCUUGUUGGCUAUCUGCUAUGCCAUCGGUUCCAUGGAUCCUGGACGUGAUUCCAUCAUUUACCGUAUGACUUCAACCAGAAUGAAGAAGGAUAACUAAAUUGUGAUGUGCAAUGUUCCAGCAUUAUUAUUAAUAUUUUUAAAAAUUUUAAA